AUGGAUCUCAGUUACCUCAAAGACGAACCACCAGCCCAACGCGCAAAGUCGCUCAUGAAGCUCAAAGAAAACAUCGAAGCAGAGCUCGAAGCGCAUUUCAGCAUCCUCCAAGCGAACGGUGUGACGAUGGAGACGCCUCUCGUCGACACCGAGGGGUUUCCUCGAGCCGAUAUCGAUAUCUGGGCCGUCAGACCUGCGAGAGUGCGGAUCAUCGAGCUCCGGAAUGAUUUCAAAGCUGUUAUGGAGGAGAUGUCGAAGGUUUUGGAGUUUAUUUACGAUCCGAGUAACCAGACCACGCAGGAUGAGGCGGAGGCUGGGGAGGAGGAGCAGCCAUAUGCGAAGGUGGAUGGCGUGGCGCCGAGUAGUCCUGCUAGUGCAGCGGUGAGUUCGAGUCUUGUUUACAUUGUUACGGGCUUGCUGAGGGAAGAUCUUAUUGUCAAGUUUGGCGGGUUGACGAAGCGGUCGUUUACGACUGGGUCUCUGCAGCCUCUGGUUCAGCAUGUAGCUGCAAACGAGAACCGGCCAAUAUCCAUCGAAGUGUUGCGUUCUGGAGAGAAAAAGACGCUUAGUUUGGUUCCUCGUAAGGGAUGGGGAGGGCGCGGACUGAUAGGGUGCCAUAUCGUUCCUUAUUCGCCUGGCUCAUGA